AUGUCGUUCGGAAAGCUUUACGGUUUCAAGGAAAAUGCCCGCAGCACUGCCCUCCUAGCAGUUGCAAAGGAGAACAACCUCGACCUUGAGCUCGUUGAGACGAGACCUCCCAUUACCGACACAGAGUACCUCAAGCUCAAUCCUCUGGGACGAGUUCCUACAUUCGUCGGCGCCAACGGGUUCAUCUUGACCGAGUCACUCGCGAUCGCUAUCUACUUCGCAUCGCAGAACGACAAGACCACCCUUCUUGGAAAGACAAAGCAGGACUACGCCUCAAUUGUGCGAUGGAUGUCCUUUUCCAACUCCGAAGUCCUCCCCAACCUCUCUGGCUGGUUCAGCCCGCUCAUCGGCAAGAUCCCCUACAACAAGAAGUCGGUUGAUGAUUUCAAGAAGGCUGCCCUUGAUGCUAUUCACGUGCUUGAGCAGCACUUCCUCGUCCACACCUUCCUUGUUGGGGAGCGCAUCACCCUCGCUGACCUCUAUGUCACCUCUCAAAUGUCGCGCGGCUUCCAAUACGUCCUUGACAAGGAAUGGCGCGCCGAGAACCCCAACACCACCCGUUGGUUCGAGACUGUGGUCAACCAGCCAAUCUGGAAGGCCAUCAUUGAGAACCCCAUCUUUGUUGAAGAGGCCGUCAAGUACACCCCUCCCAAGAAAGAGGCAAAGCCUGCGAAGGCCCCUGCCGCUGCUGCCGCGCCGAAGGCCGAGAAGGAGCCAGAGGAGGAGGAAGACGCCAAACCCGAGGUCAAGGCCAAGCAUCCUCUUGAGUCCCUGCCCAAGCCUACCCUUAUCCUCGAUGACUGGAAGCGAAAGUAUUCCAACGAAGAUACCCGUUCUGUGGCCCUCCCUUGGUUCUGGGAACACUACAAGCCAGAGGACUAUUCACUGUGGAAACUGGAUUACAAGUACAACGACGAGUUGACCCUCACAUUCAUGUCAUCCAACCUGAUUGGUGGAUUUUUCAACCGUCUCGAGGCCUCCCGCAAAUACCUUUUCGGUGCAGCCUCCGUGUACGGCCAGUCCAACGACUCGAUCAUCCAGGGUGCCUUUAUGGUCCGCGGUGACGAGGCUCUGCCAGCCUUCGACGUCGCUCCCGACUGGGAGAGCUACGAGUUCACCAAGCUCGACCCCAGCAAGCCCGAGGACAGGGAGUUCGUCGAGGACCAGUGGUCUUGGGAUAAGCCCAUCACGGUCAACGGCAAGACCUACGAGUGGGCUGACGGCAAGGUCUUCAAGUAG